AUGUCUAUAAUAACAGAUUUAUCAAAAAUUGAAAUUAUUCUACAAAAACUCGAUCACUCAUCCGUGAGUCAUCAAAAAGCAAUUUUAAUCGGUUCUCGUGCUGCUCGUCGUUAUCUUCCACAUUUUCGUGAUGUAUAUGAUCAACCUCAUGCUGAUUGGGAUUUGAUUCUAUCGGCAAAUCUUUUACUUCAAUGGUUAAAACAGCAACAAAUAAAUAUACAAACAACAACAAUGAUUAUUCCAUUAUUAAAUGAGUUAGAUCUGUCUGUCAAUUGCACCCUAAAUAAUAAACAAAUAUUUGAUUUUCUCAUUCCUCGAUCAUCUACAUCCUAUUCAACAUUUCUACUCGAGCAUAUAACAGAAUGGUCAUAUGAAAUUUCAUCAUAUAUUGGAUGUCACUGUUGCAUUCCCAUUGCAAUUGCUCAUUCUCGUUUAUUGCUAAUAUUAAAACGAUAUAUGCUCUACUAUCAGCAUCAAUGGAAUAAAACAGCAAAUGAUUAUCGACAAUUACUUGAAAUAAAACAAAACGAAUGUCAAUUAAAUGUGGAUUUAGAACAGAUAUUCAUUAAGUUAUUUAUUAAUAAUAAUGAAAUAUUGCACGGAAAACGUCCAGCAGAUAUUGAUCAAUUUUCUUUUUCAGUUGAUGUUUUUUCUCAUGAUAUUCGCAUGAAAUUGAAUGAACAAUCAACACUGACAAGAAAUGAUUUCUUUACGUUAUUGUUGAAAGAUGAACAAAUUUUAUUUGUUUAUCAAUUAGCGGUAGCAUCAUCGUCAUCAGACAAUGAUAUUCUAAUCGGUUUAGAAAAAAUUUGUACAAAAUAUCCACUUUGGCUUGCUGAUUUUACCAUUGACAACUGGCUUGAUAUUUACAAUAUAUAUGUAUUUUAUAGAAAAUAUAAACAAAAUAUUUUACUUCCGCUUACAUCGAUUCAAGUUACACUUGAAAAUCAACGUCUAUUUCAAGAAUUACCAGAAUUAGUCAUGUACAAUAUAUUAAGUUUCAUUACUGAUACAACUGAUUUUCAUUCAUUAAAACUUGUAUGUAAACAUUGGUAUACUAUAUUAAAACAAGAUUCAUUUUGGAAAGAACUUUAUUUGUUUCGAUUUGGUAGUAAAGGACAAUUUUCUCAAUAUUCACAAAUAUCUCGUUGGAAACUUCUUUAUUUUUGGAAACUAGAAUGUGAUAAUUUAUCUUCUUUUGACAAUGAAGAUGAAAUAUUGAAGUUGAUUGAUACAACAAUGCAAUUGCGAAAAAUAAAAGCCAAUUCAGUUGUAGAAUUAUGGGAAAAUUUGACAAAACAAAAUCAAUUUAUUGAACCAUUGAUUUUAUCACAAAUACAUUAUAUACUGUUAAAUUCAUAUUAUUAUUAUCUGAAUGAAGAUAUCUUGGAAUCUCCAAAUAAAUAUACAGCUAAAUUAAUUGUUAUUGGAUUAGAAAAUUCAAGAUCACGAACACAAAUGUUAAUAACAUUGUUGGUAGGUGAUUACGGUAGUUCUCGUUUUGAGAUGCAUCGAGAACAAAUUAGUAUUGAAUGUGAUUCCGAUAAGAUACAAACUUUAACAUUUGACGGCCCCAGAUUGUAUGAUUAUAGUUGGGGAACAUAUGGAUAUGUUCGUCUAUCGGGAGAUGCACUUCUCUCUAUAGAACCAAAUCAAAUAAAUCAAUAUUUGCCAUCAGGUAUUUGUAUUUCACUAUUGUCUACCAUGGUACAUCCAGCAAGACGAGAACGAUUUAUUCAAUAUUUAAUAACAACUGAGAGUCACUGUUCUAGCUCACUGUGUGCGUUAUGUGAUGAUAUGUGUUAUUGA